CACGAGUCGGCAAGACUAGUUGUCAACGAUGGCUGAGUCUCGUGUGGUUCCAAGUGGAAAAGUCUACCGUCAAAUGUUUGAGGCUCAGGUACAGCUGUCAAGGACUUUACAUGAAAGUCGCAAGAGACGGGAACUGAAGGACAGUGUUCUACUUGCUAGCGGUGGUCUGUCUCGCAGUGGCAACGACUAUGGUUCUGGGCAGCAAAAGCAGCGCUGGACCAGAGCUCAAUCUGACACCAAGCGAGGCUCACAGGACAGGGCUACAAGGGACCAGCUGUUCUCGGGUUCUAGGACUCCUAGUUCGAGUGAAGAGCUGUCGAUUGAGGAGGAGAUACGAGGGCUGCCUGAUGUUAUUGUGACGGACAGACCUGCCUCUGACAUCAUCCAGAGGAUGAUGGAGAAGAAACAGAAGAACCACAGUGAGACUGUGUCCCAACUGCAUCACGACCUGUCUGUGCUCAGCCUGGAGUUCGAGAACCGAAUCAGGCAAACAGGCAAGGACGUGCUUCUCCAGCUCUCCGAGUACAACGUAAAGGUGAAGAAGCACAUGCAGGCGAUGGACGCACUGUCGGACCUGGAGCGGUUCACUCUGCAGGAUCUCCACGCCCUGUGGGAGGCGGUGAGGGAGGAGUCUGAGAAGAGGAGGAGCUGGGUUAAGAAGCUGGAUUCAACCUUCACGGAGUAUGAGUCUGAGAGAACAGCUAUGAUUGCAGCUUUACUGCGUAAAUACACGGGACUCCUGGAGAAGAUCAGCUAUGUGAUGCCUCCAGAUGUGCACCGUCUAAUGGACAGUGAAGCCAUGAUGAUUAACCAGGCUCUGCUGGCCAAUCGGAGGGCGGUGGCCAAGCUGUACCUGAACCUGAUGGAACAAGACCUGGAGAAGGAGCUGUCUGACCGACUGCACUGGGAGGACAAGCUCCAGGACUGGAAGAAGCACAAAGUCCGGGGGGUGGUCGACAGAUUCAAAGAUUUCAUGGGCACCCCUCGUAUCCAGCAGCCCCCGGAGGUGCAGGCUUCCCUGGAGCACAUGAGGGAACUGCAGCUGACCCACAACCAGCAGCGCUGCGCUGUAUUCCAGUCACUGAGUGCUUUGAUCCCUCCAAGUUGUUCAAAGAAACUGGUCACUGAGUGGUAUGAUUCUCUAACAUCUAUAAAUCAAGAGAUCGACUGUAUGCAGAUUGACCUAGUGAAGAAGCUGGCCUCCUGUUAUGAGGCCAUCUGGCAGGAGUGCUUAGCAGAGGUUGACAAAUGCAAGGAGGAGAUUUUCACCUAUGGGCUGUCAGCAGAGGAAGUCCAAACCGUUAUCAAUGCAGAGUUCCUCUCUGUCAUUGGCCGAUCCCAGAGCCAGGCAGAGGAACGCAUCGCAAGCAUGGAUAGGGCUUUUGAGGGUUUGGCCAGAAGGGUGGCGCUGUUGAGCAGGUCUGUGUUCAAGGUGUGUCGUGGUGCGGUUCACCUGUGGGAGGCUCACAGCUCCGGCCUUCAGAAAGCAGAGCAAGAGCUGCUGGAGCAGCUGGACGUGGUUCGGACCGGCCACAACCUCAACACCAAGAAGAAGGAGGCUAAUCUUGAUGUCCUGUUGGACAAACUGCGUCAGGAGAGCACAGAGGAGACGCUCGGAGCCUCUCUGGAGAAGACCCUGGCCUCCCUGGAUGAAGUCAAACAUGGAUACCUCAGCUUUCACAAGGAGGAGAUGGAGGUGGUGGACUGCUUCCCUGGGAUGGUCCUGGAGGAACUGCAGACCUACAGCUCUGCUGUCAGCCGCUUCUUCAACGUAGAGCAGACAUACAGUCUGGACCCCGAGGUGGUGCAGUCUCAGUGUCCUCUCAUAAGCCUGGAUUCGAGUGGGCGAGUUAUUGUGAAGAGGAAGAAAGUGAUUAGACAGGGGAAGAAAGGCCUACAGAGGAACCCUGACACCAACCGCCCCUCCUUCCUCUCUCUCUUCGAUGAGGACGCUCCCGACUCCUACGUGGAGCUGUGGGAUUCUCAGUCCAAGGAGGUGUUUGUCACCAGGAGGGGCCAGCGCUACAGCAGCUUGUCCUGGGUGUGUCCGCAGGAAGGGGACCCUGCCUCCAGCUGUCACCCAGACACACAGCUGGUCUCCUUCCCCGCCUCCCUGCUCUGCCAGUUGCUCACAGACGUGCGUUUGGCGUACUUUGACCACCUGGAGGAGAGGUUUGACUCCGCUCUGAGCAACAGCAUGGUGGUGUUGGCAGCCCGGAAGGAGGCCAUGCAGGCAGAGCACGAGCUCCGCAUGCACCUGCACCAGCCCCGCGCUCGCAGGAUCGAGAUGGACGUCCACAACGCACGGGCCACGGAGCUGGUGGUGCACAGAGAGCGCGUGGACAGGCACUGUAAGGGCGUGCUGCAGGCUCUGGUGGACUACAGGGCAGACUUCCAGGAGCUGCAGGUCCGUCAGAACAAGCUGACGGAAGACUUCAAGACCCAGAUCUACAGUCUGGAGGACGUGUUUGUCAGCGCCACCAAGUCUGACGUGCUGGUGGGUCUGUGUGCGACGCUGCAGACCAGCCUGGACAAGCAUGUGGAGGUGAUCCAGAUGUCCCAGAGGCAGUUCAGACACUCCCUGGAGGCCAAGCUGGAGGGACUGAGGCAGGGCAACGCCAAGCUGCUCACCUCCUUCAAGCUGUUCUCUGAGGGAGGGAACUUCACCCCUAAGGAGAUUGAGGUGUAUCACAAGCGUCUGGAGAAGAUGACCAAGCGCAUCGACGCCACCGAGGAGAACGUCGUCCUCGACAUGGACGUGACGGAGUCCAAGUGUCUGGACCAGGCGAAAGACGUGGUCAGCAAGUUUGAGGAGAAGUUCCACUAUCUGGCCGUGGACAUGAAGUUCCUGGAGAAAAUCCAGUCGAUGCUGACCAACACUCAGGUUCAGAUCAAGAGUGAGGCCUGCAAGUGCAACACACAGAAGAGGAAGAUCAGCGCCCUGCUGCUUGAGCGGGAGGAGAUGAUCCAUCCCUAUGCAGGACCAGAGAAGGCGGUCAGUAUGGAGGUCUUCACCUCUAACUGGUCUGUGCUGGAGGAGCUCAAGGCUCGCUGUCAGUAUCUGGAGUGUUUUCUGGACCCCUCCAUGGCGACGCCGCUCCCAGACUGUCCCCUCCAGGGCUCGUUCGCGGUGGCCGCCCGGCACAAGGCCCGCAGGCAGGAGAAGACGGGGAUCCCGGCCCUGGCUGAGAGCCUGCUGCAGCCCAGCCGCAUGGGGGUCUCCUUCCUGGACGACCCUGCUGUGGGGCUGGUCAAAGGCCUGCUGAGGUUCAGCAAACCCACACCUCCUCAGGAAUUCCGUUCAGAGGCAGGGGAGAGAGGAUCUGCUGCUGCCACAGUCCGGUUGCCGUCUCCUGUUGGCUCAGGUCAGAAGCAGGGAAAGAUCCACAGUCAGCUCGCCUUGGACGCGCUCCACAGACAGUCUUCUGAGUCAGUCAGCGCUCAGAGUGUGAGAAGAUUCUCCAAACCAACCCGCUUUGAUAAGAGGUUCCACGUGUUCGGCUCCAAACCAGACGACGACGCCAUAGCUACCUUCAAGUCUGUCGUGGCCGCUGUCCUGUGGAAGACCAACGACAUCCUACUGCUGCUGGCAGAGGACUUCUAUAAGAAGAAGGACCGACGUCAGGUGACACGCCCCCAGUACCUGCAGGACACCUUCGAGCUGUGUGCUGAGGACAUCAACAAGAGGCUGCUGGCCUAUCAGAGCCAAGCUCAUGACUACCUCAACGACUGUGUCCAAGAGUUCCGUCAGCAGCUGGAAGACUUUGAAGGGUGCCUGUCCAAGCUUCCGGAAGUGCUGGUCUGUAACCUGGAGCAACAGCACCUGACCAGCCUAGACCAGGAAGCGGGCAGGAUCCGCCAGAGCCUACAGUGCACCCUGCAGGCCAGCGAGGACAUGAAGAAGGAGCACGCUAGGAAGCUGAGUGUGCGCCUGAGCCACCCAGCCUGUGAGGCAGAGCUGCAGGCCCUGAGCCAAUCAGAAGCCGGCAGGCAGAAGAAGCUGGCCGAGGACAUACACAACUCUCAGCUAGAGCUACAGGCGAGUUUGAGGAAACAGGGAGAGGAGUUUGUGUCCUCGCUGGCCUCCCUGACAGAGAACCUGCUGUUCCAGAUGGACAACCUCCUGACGGUGGACCGGGUCCUGCCUGGACAUGCCGAGAUGAAAAAAGAGAACGUCACGACCUUGCUUCGUCGUAAACAGGCCGACACUCUGCAGGAGAAGUCUGAGGCAGCUCCCCUCCAGAGAGGCAGCAGGACUUGGCCAGGGAUCGCUCAUUUUACAACAAGUCCGGACGAACCAGCUAUGGCCAAGACCAUAACCGCCUCCAUCACCACAGCGACAACCACUCUGGGCCACCUGAGAACGGUCGAGGCUCGGGACUCAGCAUACCAGAAAUAUGAACAGCGCUACAGGAAGGUGCUGGAGCAGGCUGUGGAGGAGAAUCGGGCACAGCAGAGGGAGUUGCAGCUUUGGGUGGAACACUGGAAUGGCCAACUGACCACCCUCGCACAGAUCAACGCUGAAUAGAG